CCGGAAACGGAAGCGCGCGCGCGUGACGCAGCGUCCCGGCGCCGCCGCCGCCGCUGCCAUGGAGGCGAGCGGCCGGGCCGCCUUCGUGCUCAGCAACCUGGCCGAGGUGGUGGAGCGCGUCCUCGGCUUCCUGCCCACCAAGGCGCUGCUGCGCGCCGCGUGCGUGUGCCGCCUCUGGAGGGAGUGCGCCCGACGGACCCUGCGCACGCGGCAGCGCCUGGCCUGGGUGUCGGCGCUGGAGCCGGGGCCCGCCGACAGCCACGCGCUGGUGCGCGCGCUCGCACGGGAGCUCGAGAAGGUGCACGUGCUGCCCCAGACCGUGCUCUACAUAGCGGAUGCGGAGACGUUCAGCGGCCACGAGGAAUGCCACGAGCAGAAGAAAGCUAGAAAAAGAAACAGUAAAGAAACAGCAAUUGCACUUGAAAAAUUGUUGCCAAAACGAUGUCAAGUUCUUGGACUGGUCACCCCAGGGAUUGUAGUUACCCCUAUGGGUUCAAGCAGCAAUCAACCUCAAGAAAUUGAAGAUGGUGAAGCUGGGUUUGCUCUACUGUUUCCCAAAAUUGAUGGUGUAAAAAUCCAAACCUUCCAUUUUCCUAAAGACUUGAAGAACAGGGUCUUUGAUGAAAGUAAAUUUGCUGAAGCAGGUCUGAAGAAUAAUCCAGAUCUCCGUGUGGUUCUUCUGUUUGGCUACAACUCCUGGAAGUCUGGAGCUACUCGAUUUCUUCAUCAAAUAGUCAAUCCUUUGAAUGAAAAAAGUAUCAUCCUAGCUGGGGGACAGGUGGAAAGCUUUACAUCGCUGACAUCUGAGAAUAGUAACGCCCAGCCCAGCGAUGCCUGUGGUGUGGUUGGACUGGCUUUCAGUGGUCCCCAGAUCCAGAGUGCGACGGUUUUGUUAGACCAGGAUGUAGCUGAUGAGAGGACAGCAGAAGCCGCCAUGCAGCGUCUCAAAGCAGCAAACAUCCCUGAGCGUAACACCGUUGGCUUCAUGUUUGCAUGUGUUGGCAGAGGAUAUCGGCAUUAUAAAACCAAAAGGAAUAUGGAAGCAGAUGCAUUUAGGAAGUUUUUUCCAAAUGUUCCCCUCUUUGGCUUUUUUGGACAUGGUGAAAUAGGAUGUGAUCGAAUAGUUACUGGGAAUUUCGUGUUAAGAGAAUGUAAUGACGUAAAGGAUGACCUGCUUCACGGUUAUACUACCGUAAUGACUCUUAUUCAUCUUGGUUCAACAAAACCAAACCAAGUGUAAAUAUGUUUUUAAUGCAUCAGUGACCUGUUUCUUUCAUUACAGAAAACAGAAAAGUCUGGCAGAGUGGGCAUCUGCAGUCAAAGCACUUUCCAAAGCAUAAACAUCAUUCUUGUAUUAUCCAAUCCUGUAGGUGGAAUAGAGUUUCUUAUAAUAGCUGUGGGAAAGCUUUGCAUUGUGUGUAAUCCCAUGUACGCAUCAAAAUUGCAGGCAAAUGGUAUUUAAUGGAAUUCUGCAAUUGAAGAAAGACUCCUUUUUUUCUAAAAUGAGAAUGGUUUGCACAAAUUGCAGUUGGAGUCCAAGUAAUCAACAUGUAGAAAUAAACUGUACUUUGAUGUGUUCUAUUUAUGUAUCCAAAACAGUCUGGAAAAACUACUGAUGCAUACUGAAGUACUGAUGCAUAAAAUCCACCAUUUCCUGGAUUUUAUUUUGAGAAAUGCACAACCUGCCCAGAUUUGAGUCCUAGUUACAACACUGAAUGGGUUUACUAGGUAAAAUGAAAGAAUAUCUUUAGAAAGAAAAAAAAAAAAAAAGCUCAUUAAAUAAAAAUGAAAUUAUGUAGAAGCAUCUGGCCUGCCAUUCUUAGAGGAAAAGCUCUGAUUUAGUGAGAUAUGCUGUCAAGUUAAAAGCUCAACUCAUUUCACUAUCUUGAACUCAAUUUAAGUUGUCUUAAAUAUUUGGUUUAGAAUAUUAUCUGAUAGUUUGUACGUACCAGCAAUUUUAGUCUUGGUGUGUAUCAGUUUUCUCAGUCAAAAUGCACUAGUUACCCUUCCUUUUGGAUUCUCUUAUAGCGUGAUGCUUGCUAUUACAAACUUUUAAGUCCAAAGCACAAAAUAUGAAGACUUCAUCUGGUAUCUUUAAGUUCCUUUAAUUCCUUCCUGCGUUUUUCUUUCAUUUAGUAAUAGAGUGACAAGAAAAUAGGAUUUAUUUUGCAACAUAUCAGCACAUUUCCAGUUGCCCUAUCAAGUUACUGGCCUGUCCAGCGUAGUAAAAAAAGAAUAUAGUUUGCUGUAUGUUGUACUAUAUCAUACUAAAUGUCCUAUAACUAUAUUUUGCUGUAAAUGUAACACCCAAGACUACGCCAUGUUCUUGUCAAUGUCUAGAUGAAACUUUUCACUGACAGUAGCCUAACAGGCUAAGGAAGAGGCGUAUCUGUUCUGAGAGUUGAACUAUUGGUCUCACUGGGUGCUGAGCACUGACAGUACUUUCCCAUGGCUCUGUUGGUGAUUUGGUGAUCUUUUCUAAUUUUUUUAUUUUUAAUUCAAAGAAAGUGGAUGGGAUGUUAAACUCCCACUGGCAUUCUAGGGAUAGGAGAUUAGCUACUGCAUUUGGAAGAGAAAGUAGCUGGGAAUUCAGAAUUUUAAGAGAAGCAUGAGGGUGGGCAGGGGGAUACAUGUUUUCAGCAUAACUGGAAUGUCAUGUUUGGUCCUUUCUGAUUUUGUAAUGUUACACAUUUAACAGUAGGCAAAGAAAAUGUGUGUUUCAUUUCUGUAAUAGACAGGUCUCCUGUAACAGUAUGAAUUAGGCCUAGUUAGCAGCAUGGCUGUUAGCAUAAGCCUGUGAACUUUACCCAACUUCUUGCUGUAGUAGAAGUAAAUGAAUUACAAUCAACCACGUGUCUGGAACAGCAGUGCAAACAUGUCUAGAAGUGUCUGAAGAAGCAGAUUGUGAGCUUCAGCAAUGGCACAGCAAAACAGAAACUGAGAAUGCAGUUUGAAGGAGCUAAUCAUCAGCGAGGUAUUCUCUGCCCAGUCCUGUAGCUAAGGGUGCUUACACAUCUUGGAGGUAAGCACAGUGCAAAAAAACCUCUGGCAAUGGAAUCCCAAGAGCUUGCAACAGACUGCUGGAUCACCUCCAACACCGGGGAAUGGGGAAUAGGCCAGGGAAUCCCAGACACAUACCCUGCCUGGCUGGAAUUGCUGUGCUGUCUCUCCUGGACUACAUCGUCUCUCUGCCGUGUAAUUCAUUACACUGCAACAUGUGUGAUUAAAGCGUUUUGGUAUCCGGA